CACGCCAGCGCGUCAGCUGUUCAGAGAAGGAGGUCACGACAGCACAUUUGGCGCUAGUUUGACGGCGGGGAAGUGAGUGUGGUGUGGAGCUUACCCUGAGAAAUCUACAACUUGUGAUAAUUGUAACGAUUUUCAGCACUAAUUCAGCUUUAUUCAGAUCUGCUUCCUGGUUUUAAACUAAAAAUGCCCAGCACUCGUUCACAGAAUCAGCCCACCCUUCAGUUCCCCCGAAGGAAGUCUUCCAGAUUGGGUUCUCAACCUAAAAGCUCCUCUGAGAAUGCAGUGGAUGCCCAGCCCACCCCUCUGUCCCCUAGAAAACCAAAUGUGGGCGAUUCGCUUGGUGUCUGUCUGUCUCCCAGGAACUCUGUGUUGAAAAACACCUCUCUGUCUGAAAGGCUGCCCUUGAGCCCUCGCAAACGCACAGGUGACGAGAAUGGCUGUAACCUACCGGCCUCUAUGCUUGGGUCUCCUCCAAAGCAGCGCUGUGCUCCUCUGUGCUCCCCUCGUAAACUGUCCUUUAAUGAGAACACGCCGAUCUUCUCCUCGCCUCCACGUCCUACACUGUCCUCACCGAAAAUUCCCCUGUCCCCUAUUUCACGUCCAUCUCCAAAACGGCUGCAAGAGACCCCCUGCACCAGCCCGAUCGCUCGCACGGAGGGAAAGCUUCCUGUUACUCGACUCUUUCCUGUAAAAAAAUCAGGUUAUCAUAGUGUAAAGCAGGCACUUCACACCGCAGUUCCUGAACGUCUUCUGUCUCGUGAGGCAGAGAGAGCUGCCAUUGUCUCCUUCUUGGAGAACCAUGUGGUGGCAGAAAAACCCUCAAGCCUCUAUAUCUCUGGUGCUCCUGGCACAGGCAAGACUGCCUGUCUGAACUGUGUCCUCCAGGAACAAAAGGCUCUAUUGAAAGGUGUUCAGACUGUGGUCAUCAACUGUAUGAAUCUGCGAAGCUCACAUGCCAUCUUUCCAUUGCUGGGAGAGAAACUGGGGGUUCCAAAGGGCAACAGCGAGGCUCGGCUGGAGAAACUUCUGACCAGCUCUGGGCCCACUGUCCUGUUGGUUCUCGAUGAGAUGGACCAGUUGGACAGCAAGUCUCAGGAGGUUCUCUACACAAUCUUUGAGUGGCCUUACCUGCCUAACUCUCGUGUUUGUCUCGUUGGUAUCGCUAACGCAUUGGACUUGACGGACCGUAUUCUGCCCAGGCUGCAGGCCAAACCGCAUUGCCGACCCAAACUGCUCAACUUUCCUCCAUACAGUCGUGAGGAGCUCAAUGCGAUCGUCCAAGACCGGCUCACACAAGUAUCAGGUGAAGGUGUACUUGACGCAGCAGCAGUUCAGUUCUGUGCAAGGAAAGUUUCAGCUGUGUCAGGAGAUGCCCGCAAAGCUCUCGACAUAUGCAGGAGGGCUGUGGAGAUUGUGGAAGCAGCUGACAGGUCUAAAAUGGCAUCUGAACCUGCAGCCAGCCCUAAAGUGUCACGGGUGAGUGUUCCUCAGGUAGCACGGGUUUUGUCUGAGGUGUAUGGUGACCGCAUGGCAUCCAGCAGCGGGGAUGGCGAGAGCUUCCCUUUGCAGCAGAAGCUUCUUGUCUGCUGUCUGCUUCUGAUCAUCCGUAAUGGCAAGAGCAAAGAGGUCCAGUUGGGCAAGCUGUGUGAAGUGUACAGUAAACUGUGUAAGCAGAGGCAAGUGGGAGGGGUCGGACAGACUGAGUGUUUGUCUCUCUGCAGUCUGCUGGAGAGCAGAGGAAUUUUCACACUCAAAAAGGCCAAGGACGCACGAAUGACUAAAGUCUCUCUGAAGAUUGAAGAGCGAGAUGUUGAGAAUGCUUUGAAGGAUCGAACUCUCCUUGGUAGCAUAUUAGCGGCUGGCCUGCCAUAACUUUGAGAUUUUAAUUUACUAUUUAAUUUUUUUUUUUUUUUUU